AUGAAGUUUACACAUCGAGAGAUCGAAGCGGACCGCAGGAAGCCGGUUGGCUCCCUUUUCAUGCACCUCAUGGACAGGGACUCGAUGCCGUCGCGCAGUCAUCGCAACGCGGCUGCACAACAGCUGAAUAUGCACAGCCUGCGUAACACGCAGCUCUCUCUCUACGCGCAGGAUCUGCAGCAUGGCUCGUCAACGCCACUGCGGGGUCGACGCCACUUUCCCAAACAAGAUCGCCACGUCGACUGCAAUAGGGAGGAGGACGUCCGGACCCCUAGGGGUGUGCGACGUGGUGCCACUCCGCACAGCAGCAUGGACCACAUCGGCAGCAACAUGACCCCACGAGCCUCGACGGAGGUUGCGACACCGCGGCAGCGUCGCUACGUACCGCCGCCUAUGCGAAGCUCUCCUCACCGCCCCUUCUGGCUAGGAGACGACGAGAUCACCUACAACGCGAGCAGUCGCCGUGGCACUGGUGGUGCAACCCGCUCGUACUCCGUAGGCGGCCAAGUAUUUUCGCGGAGCAGCAGCACCGCAGGUCAUUUGACAGCUGGCUCGCUAGUCCCCUUACCCGAGAAACCGAUCGAGAAGCCCGUUCCGCCGCUGCUGCCGGUGAAGCCACGGAAAAAAGGUAUUCGCAUGUUUGCGGAGCAGCGGUCACGUAGCGCCGACGAUAUGCACCGGGGUGUCCGAAUGGUGCCGCCACCGCCGCACUGGCGCUCUGCUGCAGACCGGCAGUGGGACUUUCUGGAGCUCGGCAUCGACAGUUGCGAGACACCGGCGCCACUCUACCGAAACGAAAGCCACAUCGACGUUGGCGGUCCAAUUAUUACGGUGGAUGGCUCGCCGCCACCGUUGGUGCCGACGCGACGGUGGCGUGGUGGUCAACGCUAUGCCGACACCCCGGUGCGGCGCACCUUUGACAUUAUCACAGGUCGGCCGUUGGUGUACUGA